UUGUUGUUGGCAUUGGCGUGACAAUGCAGGUUCGUCCUCCCAAACAUAAAAAAAAACACACUUUUCAUUUUGUAAGGACCAAUUAGCAGUGAAACAGGAAGAUAUUUAAAAUGUUCAAAAAUAAAACAACAAGGGGGAAAAAAAUAAAAAGCAUGAACGCAGCUCUGUUCGGACUGGGCUGGGUCUCCUCCUUCUCCGGGACUCACCUGGAGACGAACUCCCACCUGUAAAAGCAGACCGCUGCAUUGCGCCACGCCUCUCCUGGAUAUGUGCGUCCUUUGUCCAGACUUGGGGCUGAAACAUGGUUUGACUGACAUUAUGCGCGAUGAAUGCCACACGGGGUCUCCUGACGGUUUUGAGUCUGGUGUGCCACACUGAGUCGAUGUGCUCACCGACCUCCUACUACAAGAACUGCUGGAUCCGUCGGUUCCCGGGGAUCUUCAUCGACAUCGAGGAGUCUCAGAGAAGAGGCGCGCAGCUGCUGAGGUCCUACCCGGAGGAGACGGCGCUGAAAUGCAGCCGCAGCUGCUGCGUCACCAGAAACUUUUCCUGCAAUCUGGCCAUAUUUCACUUUGACACCACACAGGAGAACGUGAACUGCGUCCACCUGCACUGUCCAACUCUGGAGAGUUGCAUUCUGAGUCACAGGGAGAACGUCGUCCUCUACAACAUCACAAAGGGUGUGGAUCCUGAUCUGUUAGUGUUUGGGAAACACUUUACCUCCACCGUCCGCGUGCUACCCCACCACUACGGCAAAGUGAACGCCUCAGAUCCRCUGCCCUCAGACAAGCGAAACUUCAUCCAUCCGCCUCCUCAUCCCGUGCGGCCCCCCACCGCCGCUCCCUCUGUGAAGCCAUCCAUUCCACCGACUGAAGCAGACACCACGGCGCAGCAGAGCACCCGUCAACUCACGACCGAUUCCACAACUAAAUCAGCCUUCACCGAACAAACCUCCCCGCCGUCUGACAAUCCCGUCCAAACAACAACUCUGACGACCGCUGCAACAUCUGCUGAGCCGAGCAUCGCCACAUCAAACCCCAUUACAUCUCCGACCUCCGUUGACCUGGAGACGCCUGCGGGGYUAUCUACAACAACUGCAACACCCUUCACAUCCAUCCCAGCCACCACCGUUCAUAAGGUGACCAGCGGCACUUCAGCGACCGCAACUCUCACGAGUGAGACAGGGCGCAGCAACAGCAGCAUAGACGUCACCGCCGGGGGGAACUACACCGCAGGCGGUGAUGAAGGUCAGGAAGUCGGUGAGGACGACACCGCGGAAGAGCCGGGGUCUGGGUGGCAUGUGGCUGCGCACACUCUACUGGUUGCUGUGGCCAUUUGCGUCACACUGCUGCUGAGCUGCUGCUGCUCUGUGCUGCUGGUGGUGAGCUGGAGGGGCCAGAGAAAGAGGGUGGGCCGCUAUCGCACAUCGUGGAGAGGGAAGCGAGCUUCCAUGCGUCUGAUUAAGUAUGUGCUGGUGAAAGAGAACUCCUGAAACACAGAACUGGUACAAGAAAUGAGGUGAUGCUUAACCGCAGUAGGCCUGGGCCUUCUACUAGUAUCAAAGUAUACCAGACUUCUUAGAAGUUCCCAAACCGCUACAAUUUAACAAGAUGUCAACGUUUUCUUUGGCUGCACGGAGUAACAUAUUACCACGCUGCAUCAAUAUGUUGUGAACUGCUGGUCAGCUAGCUGAAAACGGCAUACUAUAUUUGAUCCUGUGCUUACAAGAAAGACAAAUAUUCUUGUUUGGGAAAUUUUUCAAACUAAAAGGGGCAGCACCUCUUAUUAACCAGCUGAAAUCGGCUUGUUGCACCUGCGUAACUUUAGUUAGAGCAGCAAUAAAAUUCAGCAUUCUAAAACUACGAAGUCAAAACCUUCAAGAUUUAAAUAUUAAGAACUAGAGGCGCACACUUGUUCAAUUACUUAGGACAAAUUACAUCUCAGCUAAUGACUUGGAAGCAUUUAGGCAUGCAGACUUCUCAAAGAUGACUUGCCGAAAUUCAAACUGAGCGUCACAAGGGAUUUAGAAGGGAUUUAGGUGAUUUUGACUGGCAUGGUUGUUAGUGCAUAACAGACUGGUCUGAGUAUUUCAGAGGCAACAAUUCACACAGGUUCACCAAAAUGAAACAAUAUCAGAAUGGAAAAAUGGACAUCAUCUGAACAGGGCAUCUACAGGUUUCAGUACAUCACACUGAAAACUUUUAAAGAUAUUUUUUAAUGCUAGCUUGAAUACAUUUUAAGAUAGAAAAAAACUAUUAAUAUUGGGGAAGACCUGUAUAUUCUGCUGGCUCUUACGGGCUUGCAACAGAAGUGAGCCAGUGACUAAAACGAACGUCGUCUACGUCAUUAUUGACACGAUAAACGCUGAUAAAAGCUAGGUAGGCUAUUUGCCUGACAGAAAAUUUACGCAAGAAUAAUUUUUAAAAAAUCUAAAAAAUGCAAGAUUGAGUAGUCCUGCCACGACAAAGUAGACAAGAGACUAGCGUGUUAAAGGCCAGAUUUAUGUACAUAAUACUUUUUUCUUAAUGAAUCCAAGUCAUUUUAGGCCUUCAUUUUAGACUAAGGAUUCGCGGACACUGAAUGGGCCUCGAUUUCUGCUGCGACAUCUAGGUGGUAAGGUCCAACUUAGGCUGUUGUUGGCAUUAUGAUGUUUUGAAUAUUUUCCUGGGACACUUUAGUACUGCCACCCGGACUGAGUCGGUCCAACAAAAACAGAAUAAAAUCAUCUGCAGCAACUGAAAGACACCAUGGACAUGGUUCUGAAGGCAAAAUAAGGUCCAACCUGGUCCUACAAAGUUACAGGUGAGCCACUGUAAAUAAUGUUGCUGUCCAUUACUUAGAGGCAGUAGAAAUGACUUUUGCCUUCUGUUUUCAAAAAGUGAUUAAUGUUUUAAAUAUUUGCAUAAGUUCUUUAGAACUGUGGCAUUUUUUUUUUUACCAAAGGCAACAAUACCGUGAGAAUUACAUGCCUACACAUAAAUUUGUACACAUUGUGUUAUAUCAGCUCUAGUUUUCAAGAUGUUUGAUGUAAAAUGCAUCAGCUUUUUAUUUAUUUUGUUGCAGACAUGCAGGAACAAAAUGUGAAGAUUCCUAAAUAGAAAAGAGGCUGAAUUGAGCUGCCAUCUUUUUGGUUUCAUAGUCGACAGCCUGUGAUAUGUUGAAACGUUGCUGUACAUCAACUGACCAGAUGGAGACCACGUUUUCUGUUUAUUGUCUGACCUUAAAAAAAAAACACAGAUUACAGACAGAAUGUCUUCCAAGAGGGACGAACUGUCUCAGGAAGCAUCUUUCCUGAUGAUACGAUCAAAUUCAAAGCUGAUUCUU